AUGACGUCUCCGCUGUGCAGAGCGGCCUUCGCCAAUGUUCCGCCUGCUCAGGACCAAGCUUCAAAGCCCUCCUCCAAGGCCGAAGGCAAUCAGCCUCAGGCCAAGGCCGGCCAGCCCCGAGGCAAGGGUGCAGCCCGCGCCUGGGACCCAAGCCGUCCUAAGUCCGGACCCCUCCACCCCAUCGGGGUGAAGCGGGCUGUGCACGCACAAGUGGCUGAGUUACAAAGGAAGAUACAACUGUUAGAGGGCGACCGGAAGGCCUUUUACGAGAGCUCCCAAUGGAACAUCAAGAAGAACCAGGACACCAUCAGCCAGCUCCGUGAGGAGAACAAGGCACUCCAAAACCAGCUGGUGAACCUGCUCCAGGGAGAUGAGAAAGUGGUGCAGGCAGUGAUUCGGGAGUGGAAGUCAGAGAAGCCAUACCUGAAGAACAGAACAGGCCAGGCCCUGGAGUUCUUGGACUACAGGCUGAGUGAGAAGAUGAAGCGGCUGAACGCCCUGCAGCACGAAGUGGAGCUGAGGCAGAAGCGGCUGGAGGAGCUAGAACUCCAGUACAGCCUGCGGGAGCUCGAGCUGGCCGAAGUGCAGAACAACAACUCCGAGGUGGCCAAGACCGUUAGGAACCUGGAGAAUCGGCUGGAGAAGGCGCGGAUGAAGGUGGAGCAGGCGGAACACAUCACCAGUGUAUACCUGCAACUCAAAGCCUACCUGCAGGAGGAGAGCCUGAACUUGGAGAACCGGCUGGGCACAAUGGAGGCCGAGGUGCUGCGGACCAAACACGAGCUGGAGGAUCUGCACCUGGUGAACCAGGAGGCGCUCAACGCCAGGGACAUCGCCAAGAACCAGUUGCUCCUUCUGGAGGAGACGGUGUACCGAGAGCGCAAGGAGCGCGAGCGCCACAUCAACGACUGCAAGAAACGAGCGGAGGAGAGGAAACUGCAGACCGAGCGCAUGGAGCGCAAGACUCAUCGAGAGCAUGUGCUGCUGCAGUCAGAGGAUGUGACCCUGGAUGGUUAUCCCACCAAGACUGCAGAGCUGCGGCACCGCUGGAACAUGCAUCAGACAGAAGGGAUGUUCAACAAGGUCAAGGACGCCACAGGUGUGGCCGACUCAAACUCCGUGGUGCGGAGGUUCCUGGCCCAGGGCGACACCUUCACGCAGCUGGAGAAGUUCAAGAAGGAGAACGAGGAGGUGCUGGUGAAGCUGAAGCAGGAGAGGCAGGAGCUGAAGCGGGAGCUCGAAGGUCUCAAGUACUCGGGGGAGGCCACGCUGGUGAGCGAGCAGAAGCUGCAGGCCCAGCUGCAGGAGCGACUCAAGGAGGAGGAGCAGCGGCGCGCCGAGGCGCGUGAGCAGCUGGAGCGCACGGGGCGCGCUCUGCAGGUGGUCAGGGCGGGCCUUGAGCACCUGGUGGGCAAGCUACUCUACAUCACUGUGGAGGAUAGCAGCUACGCGGAAAAGGAGCUGGACCCCCACACGGCCAGCUACCUACCGAACCUUCUGGGCAUCGUGGAGGAGAAGCUGAUGAGACUGCAAAAGCAGCUCGAGAGCCUCAACCUGGACGAGAUGCUGGAGCACAUCGCCAGUCACGAGUUCUACGCCAGCUUAGAGGGAAAGCUGCCCCUGUACAACACCCGCAUCGCGCUGCCGCUUGUCAGCUCCAAGGACAAGUUCUUCGACGAGGACGACAGCGAGGAGGAUGACAACCACGUGGCCACCCGCGCGGCGCUCAAGAUCCACUCGCAGAAGUUCAUCGAAUCCCGCAGCAGGAAGCGCAGCCGAGCGCGAAAGCCCUAG